AUGGUGUCCUGGCCAGAGCAUUCUAGCUUCAGGUCUGGUGCUCCGCAUAAUGACGAUGUACCGCUAGAUUCAAUCCUAACAAUUGAUGCAGUUGAGAAAUUCCUCCAGAUGCAACAAAUGCUCGGUCCAACGAGGUAUGCCUACACUGAGAUUACCGCAAUCACAAGCCAUUUCAGAGACAAGCUUGGUCAGGGAGGAUAUGGCUCUGUGUACAAGGGUGUUCUACUCCUGGCUCCUGGGCAAUACCGAGAGAAGAUUUUUUCUUGGGACAAGCUCAAUGAGAUUGCUUUAGGCAUUGCAAGAGGUAUUGAAUACUUGCAUCAGGGUUGUGAUAUGCAGAUACUUCACUUUGACAUUAAGCCACACAACAUCCUUCUCGAUAGCAACUUUGUCCCAAAAGUUGCUGAUUUUGGCGUCGCCAAGUUGUACCCAAGGGACAUGAGCUUUGUGCCAGCGAGCGCCUUACGGGGAACCAUUGGGUACAUUGCUCCUGAAAUGAUAUCUCGUAGCUUUGGUGUCAUAUCAAGCAAAUAUGAUGUUUAUAGCUUUGGUAUGCUGCUUCUAGAGAUGGCCGGAGGGCGGAGAAAUGCAGACCCAAACGUAUCAAGCUCAAGUCAGGCAUACUACCCGUCGUGGGUAUAUGAUCAGCUAGCUAAUCAAGAAGCGAGUGAGAUACCUUCUGCUGCUGUUGCUGAUAUGCAUGAGUUGGAGAGGAAACUGUGCAUUGUUGGGUUGCAUUCAGAUGAAGCCUCACGAUCGUCCGACGAUGAGCUAGUGAAGUCAUAG